AUGCCCCCCACCACCAACUCCCCCCAAUUCACCUUCCAAAUCGUCUCCUGCCUCCUCGCCGCCCUCUCCGAAUCCGGCACCACCUUGGGCGCAAAACACUACAAAAUCAUGGCGCAAAUCGACGGAACGAAGACGGCUUCGGGAUACGAACAUAUGUUUCGCGCGGUGAAAGCGAGGGCCAAAGAGAUAAACGAGGAGAUUGGGAGGGGGGAGAAGGAGAAGAAGGUCGAAGGGGGGAAGAACAAGAGAGGUCGGAAAGUUAAUAAUACCAAGGCCAAGGCUAAGGAGGAGAAUGGAGAUGAUGAUGUUGACGACGAGGAGACGCCGAGGAAGAAGGCUAAGGUCAAGAAGGAGAAAUUGGAGGAGGAGGAGGACGAGGACGAUGACGAUGAUGGACUUGAUGAACUUUGACUUUCGAGGUCUUGGGCUCCUAUCAUACUACGAAGGUGAUAUUCAGAGAGCAAGACUAGAUCUGGUCGAUCUUGAUAGAGAGAGAGAGAGGGAGAGGAAGGGAGCUAAUACAUGCAUGAAUGGUACUGUACGAUAAGGUGAGCGAGUGGCAGGGAAUGACCUACUCAAGCUCAGUGGAAAAGAACUACUACACACAUGCAUGAACUGUACGAUCACUUCGGCAACAAUAAUGAUGAAAACUUCCCAACCCCUU